GUUGGACAUCGUAUACACACGUAAGGGCCUCGGGUCAUUUGGCUUCUGGCAGCUCUGUUUUCCAUCACCAGCAAACUGACCCGUUGGUUGUGUUGUCGGUCUUCCACCGAACGUGAUGGCUAACCUGCUGCUGCAGGCAGAGUCCACCCGAGAGAUUCCGCUUAACUUGGACGAAGAAAUUCUGGGCAGAUCUGGCAACUGCUCAGUGUCGAUACAUUCUGUGAUAGUGUCUCGCAGACAUGCGGAGUUCCGACGCAGCUCCGGAGUUUGGACUGUUAAAGAUCUCGAAUCGGUUAAUGGAGUUUACGUGAACUACAAGAAAAUCGAACCACCCCACUCGUGCAAACUGAAGAACGAGGAUCUGAUCUCACUGGGACCGAUUCAUCGAACGAACAUGGCUUUCCAAUUCAUCCAAGUCCUAGACGAUCCUGACGCCAAAUUGGUCUCGCUGAACACGGUAUUCUGGUUGUCCACGGCUGCUAACAAACUCAUAUACACACCCGCCGGGAUCACCUCCCACGGUAAAAUAAAACCGAGAGAGCAAGCUAUGCUCGAGACGAACAACGAAGAAAACGAAGAAGAGCCACAUACGGAGAAAGUUUCCCCACCUGUCCCAUCGGCUCCCUCAUCUUCGCGAUCGGCAUCGAAUAUACUACAAGGCACAACUGUCGGCUUGGUUCAAGAGGGAACUUCUCAGCAAGAUGUAGUCAAACGCGUCGAAAGCAUCAUGGAGGAAGAGCUGACAUGUUCGAUUUGUUCAGAAUUAUUCAUGAGUGCGGUGACUCUUCCUUGUGGUCACAACUUUUGUCAAAUGUGCAUUAGGAGUUGGCGUCGAAAAAAAGACACUUGCCCCAUGUGCAACUCCCCUAUCGUGCAAGAAAUUCGCUCGUACGUGUUGGACAGCGUGAUCAAGCAACUUGUCUCAUUGAACCCCCUUCUGAAAAAACACUACGACAUGAGAUACAAACGCUACGCCGAGAGGUUUUCAGUCGAGUAGAAUGCGAUCCCGAAAUGGAAUCCAUGGCUUUACGUAUACUACUUCACUCACGUGGAGCAAAUUUAGGGACAUCAAUAAAAAGCAAUUCUAUGAGACUUGAGGGAGCCCCGAUGGCCUUCGGGAUCGCGCUUCACGGCUGCUUGUGCCCUUCUCGAAACGCUGACAGGUCCCCCCUUCCAACGUCAAAAGUCUCGACCAGAGGAAUAUAGCUGCCUGCUCAAGAAAUGCAGGAGUAGCCCUGUAGUGAACUUAUUCAAAGCAUCUCUUGAGUGCGAUUUUUCCCCUCCCCCUCUGCCUCCUGACCCGAAACAAUGCUUGCCCUGAUGGCGAGGGCGGUAG